CCAUGAACGGCACAGAGGGCCCAAACUUCUACGUGCCCAUGUCUAACAAGACAGGGGUGGUGAGGAGCCCCUUUGAGCACCCUCAGUACUACCUAGCUGCACCCUGGAAGUACUCGCUCCUCGCUGCCUACAUGAUCUUUCUCAUCAUCACAGCCUUCCCUGUCAACUUCCUUACGCUCUAUGUCACGGUGCAGCACAAGAAGCUACGGACCCCCUUGAACUACAUUCUGUUGAAUCUGGCUGUGGCUGACCUCUUCAUGGUGGUGGGGGGCUUCACUGUGACUCUCGCAACAGCCCUACAGGGAUACUUCUUCCUGGGGGUCACCGGCUGUAACGUUGAAGGAUUCUUUGCCACUAUGGGAGGGGAGAUCGCCCUUUGGUCUCUGGUAGUAUUGGCCAUCGAGCGCUAUAUCGUGGUGUGUAAACCAAUGACCAACUUCCGCUUCAAUGAGAGGCACGCCAUUGUGGGCGUGGCCUUCACCUGGAUCAUGUCUCUCACCUGUGCUCUACCUCCAUUGUGUGGCUGGUCCAGGUACAUCCCAGAGGGCAUGCAGUGUUCCUGUGGGAUUGACUACUACACCCCGACGCCUGAGCUGGGAAACACCUCCUUCGUCAUCUACAUGUUCACCCUCCACUUCUCCAUCCCUCUGGUCAUCAUCGGCUUCUGCUACGGCCGACUGCUCUGCACCGUCCGCGCGGCGGCAGCCCUGCAACAGGAGUCGGAGACCACUCAGAGGGCAGAGAAGGAAGUGACCCGUAUGGUGAUCGUCAUGGUCAUCUCGUAUCUGGUGUGCUGGAUGCCCUAUGCCACCGUGGCCUGGUACAUCUUUGCCAAUCAGGGCACCAACUUUGGCCCUGUCAUGAUGACCAUCCCAGCCUUCUUUGCCAAGAGUGCUGCCCUCUACAACCCAAUAAUCUAUAUUCUACUCAACAGACAGUUCAGGAACUGCAUGUUGACCAUAGUGUGUUGCGGGAAGAACCCAUUCGGUGAGGAGGAGACCUCCACCGCCUCCUCCAAAACACAGGCCUCCUCCAUCUCCGCCAGCCAGGUGGCUCCUGCCUGACCUACGACCCAUAAACCCUGACUCCUUACCUGUCCCAGCCCAUCUGUGGACCCACCGCCAAGCAGCAGCCUCCGAUAGGCCAAUGUUCUCAAUUUACCUCUGUCUGCACUGCAGGGGUGUGCCUGUUGUACCUGUACAUAUAUCCCUCAUUGUGACCUAAGCAUAACAAACCAAGGAACAGUGCUUAGUUGUCUUCAUCAAUCGUUUACUGGAGUUGGUAGAAGUUGCCUCAAACCACUGAUACAGUCAGAUUAUUUUACUCCCCUUUUAAAGGUUAUGGUUAGGAAUAGGGGUUGCAUUGUCUGAUACUAGGCCUCUGGUUAGGGCAUCUUGACUUCUACCUCCAGCACUUUUAGCAGCACCACUGGGUGUCAUUUUGGUGGCUGUCCAACUAACACGUUCCAUGGGCUCCCUUCCCAUUAAAACACAUACAAUCAUUUAGUGUUUAAGUGAAACCUUCAAAUGCCACAAAAUAAAAAACUGAUGUUAACAUUUCUUUACAUAAUUGUUCAGCUUAUGCCCCUUAAAUACACUUUAAAGUAUCUAUUUGUUAAAUUAAUACUUAGGGUAAAAUACAUUUUAAAUUUGUUUAGAUUGUGACUACCAUAAAGCAUUGAGGAGAGCUCUCCCCUGGUUUCUGUGUCUUUCCCAUGAUGAGGCUGAACGGGUUAGUUCUUAACACUUGGCUCGGAAAAGGUCCUGAAUGUAAACAAAUGAACCUGCAUAGAACCUCUGCAGAAAGAAGACACCUCCUGAGAGUGUGUUUGUUUGUGUGCAUGAGUGUGUGCAUGCGUGUAUGUUUAAAAGCUCUGGAGACAGGACUAGUGUUAAUAAUGUAAAGAUUAGGAUGUUGUACGUGACGUGGAAAUAAAGUUGUUAAAUGUCCUGGAAUAAAAAUGACGAUAAAAAU